AUGGUUUCGGUUGUAACAAACUCGUCAACCAAACCAGCGUCGGCAUUAAGGCCACUAAGCACCAUGGACUCGCGUCGUGCCUACAUGGAAAUGGUGACACUUGACAAGAAAUUACGGGAUUUAUUACGUGCCAAUCCACUCAACACUCAAGACGCGAAUGUCUUACGUCGUCGACUCAUGGAUGCUGCUUUGCGUCUAGUGGACAUUCAUACAACCUUUGCAGCAUCAAAGGAAGUUGAAUUGGCACUUUGGAAACCGUGUUUCUAUCGUCGUAUUGAAGACUUUCGCCGUCGUAUUCGCAAAUACGCGGCAGCAGCACAGACGGACCGGAACGUACGCGAGCAUUUUGCACGUGUAUCAAGCGAGUUUCAGCAGUUUUUAACGGAAGCAUCAGGCUUUUACGUACACUUAAGAGAUGUAUUUGCUUCGUGGCUACAGCAAAAUCAGCUUGGAGCGGCUCCUACGAAUAGUAGCGACGCUGCGGCCUCUGACAUCGGAGACUUGGCACGAUACCGUGAACUGCACAGUCAGAAGGCUAAGAAGAAUUUUGCAGCGGCUGAGGCGCUGUACCAUCGUGCAUUGGCGGUACUACCGGAAAACGGUAAUCCGCACAAUCAAUUGGCAGUAUUGGCGACAUAUGUCGAGGCAGAGACCGUGGCAGUGUAUCACUACUGUAGGAGUCUGCUAACAUCGCAGCCUUUUACAACAGCAGAGGAAAACCUCGCAUUGCUCUUUGAGCGCAGCCGUCAGCGUCCAUUGGCUGCACCUAUUACGUUUACUACGUCGACUCCGUCUGCAAAGGAAAAGUCGGCGCUCUUGAAGAGCUACUUGCACCGACUUACGCGAAUGCAUGGCAUCUUGUUUGCUCUCUCUUCGCCUCGCGGAUCCCCCACAGCUUCGUCAGCUAGCGGUACCAGCAAUCAAAAGACGGUGCCAAUGUAUCCGCGUGAUAUGGAGGCAGUUUUGUUCAAGGAUAUGCGGACGCUUCUGCAUGCAGGUGUGGUUGGAGAUGCGUUGCUGCUGAAAGUUGUGGUUACGAACAUCUUUUUGCAUCAUUCGAGCCUCGGACUCGCGCUCCCAAUUUGCACCAAUCGAGGAUGCUCUUCGUCUUUCGAUUCGUACGAUCACCUGUGUUCUGGAGUUUCUUCUGGAUAG